CAGGUUGGGAUCCAUUGAAAGCCAUAACACGGUAUAAUAUAUUAAUAUAUAUUUUUAAUAAUCAUAAAAAUAGGGACAGUCGUGUAUUAAGUGGGAAUUAUAUAUCAGACUUUAAAUCAGCAGUAUUUUGGAGUCCUCAAAGGUUAGAAAAUGACACUGGACAAUACGACUCGGUUAUUGAUGAGUAUCGGAGGACUACCAGUCAGCGCACCUCCAAUUAACAAUGCCUGUUUACCAAAUGUGUAUGAUAAACUGGACGCAGAAGCACGCAAAAAAACCAAAGUUAUAAAUGGACUACUGGACUAUAGACUCAAAGUGCAAAUUCGAACGUUGGAGAAAUACAAACGGGACGCCGACAAACUUCUUAAAAAAGAGAAAGCCAAAAUACAACAUGAACUUAAAUCCUUUAACAAAAAAUUACCUCACAUGGAAGACAUGCCGUAUUUGAGACUUCGGCUCCCCAUGAAGACCUCUGAGGAGACUGCUUUUAAGACACAUGUUACGCAGCCUAAACCUCUUAAAGGUAUUAUCAGUGAGAGAGAGGAUAAGCCCUUUUGUGACAGAUUUUUCCAUCAUCAUGUUCCUGGAGUCCCGAGAAUUGAAAAACAAAAACCCUUCUACACAACAUCUCUGCAGUCUAUUAAUGCUGAAAGUGAGAACGAAUCAGUUUUGAGUAGAAGAAAGAGCAAUCUCUUAAUGUCCAAGCGGCUCAGCAUGAGCGAGACCUGCUUAUCUGCUCGAGCUGACUUUGAGCGGUCUUUUGUUCUCAACAAAGAGCCAACUGUGGUCCCUGACGACGACGCUAUGACGAUUUAAUUUUUUUCUCAAAAUACAAAGGCCAUAUUUUCUCUUUUUAUAUUUCAAGAAGCAAUACAGUAAAUGUUAUUCCCUUUGUUGGAUUUAUUACAAUAUAGAAAACCA